AUGGCGAAAAAGACGGCCACCGUUGUAGCGAAGAAGGUGGUGGCACAAGCCGCCGCCCCCGCAGCGAAGUCGUUCAAGAAGGCGAACGGCACUGCAGUGGUGGCCGCCGUGAAAAAGGCCGGCAAGAAACCCGUCAUUGCGCCCAAGGCUGCGCGAAAGGCACCGGUGGUUGAGGAAGAGGAGGAGGACUCGAACUUCGACUACGAUGACACCGUCGGGAACAGCAGCGAAUACACCGGGGCGUGGGAUGACGAGGACGGCUCCGGCGAUGAGGAGAAUAUCGAUUUUGACGACGUCAUUGACGGCGACGAGGAGGACGAGGAAGACUUCGACGCGGACAUCCAGGACGACGACGACUUCGAGGUCAAGGCUGAGAAGUACCGCCGCCGCAUGCUGGCGCAGCGCCAACUGGCCGAUGCGGAGCAGCAGGAGGACAUUGUGACUCGCACGGCGAAGCCGACGCCUCUGCACGAUCGCGAGCAGUGGGACGAUGCGGCGCAGCAGGAAGAGGGCGGCGUCGCAGCCAUCCAUCUACUUGGAAAAACGAACACGGCAGAGGAGCUGCGUGAUCGCAUUCAAGAGACCGUUCGUGUGCUGUCCAACUUCAAGCAGGAACGCGAAGAAGAUCGCGAACGUGGCGAGUAUCUCGAGCUGCUCCGCUCGGACCUUCUCGAGCUGUACGAGUACAGCGAAUUCCUCAUGGACGCGGUCCUGCAGUUGUUCCCCCCUGCCGAGGCGGUGGACUUUUUGGAAGCGAUGGAGAAGACAAGACCAACGACCAUUCGCGUUAACACGCUCAAAGCGAAGCGCCGUGAUCUUGUUCAGGCGCUUGUGAAGCGCGGCAUGAACGUCGAGCCGCUGGAGAAGUGGUCCAAGGUUGGUCUGCAAGUGUUCGAGUCGAACGUCCCAAUCGCCGGCACCAUCGAGUACCUCGCGGGCCAUUACAUGCUGCAGGCCGCGGCCUCGUUCCUGCCGGUCAUGGCCCUCGCCCCGCAGGAGAAUGAUCGCGUGCUCGACAUGUCGGCCGCCCCGGGAGGGAAGACGACGUACAUUGCGCAGCUCAUGAAGAACACCGGCGUUCUCUUCGCGAAUGAUGUGAGCGAGCCACGGUGCAAGUCGCUCAACGCGAACCUACAGCGCCUUGGUGUCACCAACUGCAUCGUCACGAACUACGACGGCACCGGCUACGAGAGGGUGAUGCGCAACUUUGACCGCGUCCUGCUCGACGCCCCCUGCUCCGGCACAGGCAUCAUCUCACGGGACAAGAGCAUCAAGACAAGCAAACAGUACGAGGACAUUCAGCGUGCCUCACAGCUGCAGCGUGCGCUGCUUCUGGGCGCCAUCGACGCCUGCAAGAUCGGCGGUUACGUUGUCUACUCUACCUGUUCCUUCCUCGUGGAAGAGGAUGAGGCGAUUGUGGACUUCGCGCUGAGGCGGCGUGAUCUGCAGGUGGUGGAGAUGGGGCUGCCGUUUGGGCGUCCUGGCUUCACCAAGUACCGCCACCACCGCUAUCACAACAGCCUCGAGCUCUCCCGCCGCUACUUUCCGCACGUGCACAACAUGGACGGCUUCUUCAUCUGCAAGAUGAAGAAGUUGUCGGACAGCACCACCAAGAAGCCGGACGCGGCGGACGAAAACCUGUCCAGGGCUGGGAGCACGCCCGCCUCCUCGUCUAAGAAGCGUGGGCACUCCAGCGACAAUAUUACGGAGCUCCAGGUCGGCUCGAAGCGGGUGCGACUCGAGAAGGGCAAGGCUGUCGUGUUGGCCGAAAAGGCGCCAGCCAAGAACCACAAGCUUAGCGUUCCACCGAGCUCCAAGGCGACUCGCAGCGAACGGAAGAUGAAGGAAAAACGUAAGCCGCACAAAACGCGUGAGUGA